AUGACGGGGCAGCGGCGGCCGGCGCUGCCGCGGCCGGCGCUGCCGUUGGUGCGGGAGCGCUCAGCCCGUGUCACCUCCGCCGGGGGCUGGGGCUGUCCCCGCGGCUCCGGUGUGCCCGGCAGCGGAGGAGAGCAGCCGCGAUCCGCCCUCGCCGGCCGCGCCGCGGGGAGCGUGAGCCCGAAGGCGGCGGCCGCCGAGGCCGAGUUGCACAGAGCUCCCGCGCCGGGCGGAGCGGGGAGGGGCGUGAGGGGCGCGACCGGCGGGGCUGGGCCGGGCCGCGGGGGCAGGGAGAGGCCGUGGGCGCCGGGCACGGGAGCGGCUGCGCCCUGCCCCGGGGCUCCGGGCGGCCCCGGCAGCGCUUGUGUCGGUGUGUGUUUUUUGAUUGUUCGGUGUAGCUCGGUGGGUGAUCCAACGGUCCUGAUAAAGGACCCGGACAUGGCUGAGGAGAUGCAGCAACGUGCGGUGCAGUGUCCCAGCCUGGCCACAGAGAAAUCUAAUGUUGAAAGAGAAAACGCAGACUUUAUAAAGAGAGGAAAUGAGUCUGAGAAGAAAUACAGUCCCACUUGGCACUGCAGUAGGAAAUUUGGCAGCUAAAUGUCUCAAGAGACCAAGCACUGCGUUUUCUAUCAAAUCCUCUUCUGUUAAAGGCUGGUUGAAGCAAUGGGUCAUUGUUCAGAGUUUUCUGUGUUUACAGGAUUGCACAGGAACAGCAGCAGCUUAGUGCCUUCAGCCUUCCUGAGAAAGCAGAUCUUGGUUGGCAGGGAUUUUUCUGGAGUGCUUGGUGGUUUUGUGGUGUUUAGGAGAAAAAAGAAAAAAUGCCUUGUAUUUAUUUUCUUUCCCAAGUCAGCUUCUUUGCUAAUAAAAAUGUCACAUGUGCUCCGCUUUUAA